AUGGCCCUGGCAGUCCAGCUGCGGACUACGAGGAUCGAUGUCAUGCUGCUAACCGCCGCGGCGCUGAACGCUACUGUCCAUACGAACCCAACAGCCUUUGCCACCCUCGACACCCUACUCACCGGUGGGGAGGCAAUCAACGUCCAGACUGUUCGGGCCAUCUUCUCCCAUGGGCUACCGCGGCGUCUGGUCAAUAUUUAUGGACCCACGGAGUGGACCGUCUACACCAUGUACCACGAGGUCACGCAGGAAGAUCUCACCAACGCCCACGUUCCGCUACCCAUCGAUAAUUACAAUUGUUUUGUGGUGAGCGAGGAUGGCCGCGCCUUGGGCCAUGGGAAGGCUGGAGAGCUGUGGAUCCAAGGCGCUGGUGUGGCUCGAGGGUAUCAUUGCGACGAGAAGAAAACAGUAGCGGCCUUCGUAUGCAGUCCCCAGUUGGGGACUGGGUCAAGCCAACUCCAUCGCACCGGCGACCUAGUUCGCCUGAAUGCGGCAAACCAGUAUGAAUUCCUCGGCCGCCGAGACAAUCAAGUCAAGGUCUGGGGUCAGCGCGUGGAACUGGCAGCCGUCGAAGCCAUGCUGCUCAAAACAGGCCUUGUCGCCGAGGCGGUCGUACUUCAAGUACAAGUAGAGCAGCCUCACCUUGGAGUAAUCAUCCUCGCCUAUGUGGUCCCAGUGUCCUCGAAGAUGGAUACCACUGCGAUCAAUGACGCGUUUCGUCGGUGUGCGCAGCAGGAACGCCGCAAGGAGUUUAUCCCGGUGGACUUCGUGGUGGCCGCCAUCAUCCGCGUGUCAGCCCGCUCGGAGAAUCUCGGGUACGCGUACAACCUCAUAUACCCAUCUUCACAUUCUUCCUAUGACAUGGAGGCUACCUUCAAUCUCCUGAACAAGCAUUUUUCCCGAGGGCCACUGCGCGGUGUUUCCUAUUCGGACUGGGUUGUGUCUUUUUCGAAGGAGGUCGAGGAUCCGUUGCACCCUUUGGUUCCCAUGUUGCAAGAAAAGCCGGACCAUAGACUCCCUCUUUCGGGUGCCGUCUCUUUGAUGACGGUGCUCAGGAUCUUCAGCCUGUAA